AUGACCAGCGGGAAUUGUAUCGUGUCCGGAUCUUGCAACAUCAGUUCGUUUGGUAAUAACUGUGAUAACAUAUGUCACUGUACCAAACCCGGAUGUGACAGAUUCACCGGAUUAUGUAACGUGGCGGGAUGUGAUGUUGGCUGGACAGGUUCGGCAUGUGACCAAGGCGUUAACAUAAACAGUAAAGAUAAUUCGAUGAAAUCAGGAUCCGAUGCUUUGGUAGGUUACAUACUGUUUGGAUCAUUGCUGUUUAUUUCCAUCGGGUUCAACAUAGGAUUUAUAAUUGAUCGUCUAAGAACCAAAAGGAAAAAGUCAGAACGUGCACAAUCUGACAGCGAAAUGCAUUACCAGUAUACAGUUAAUGUCAAUGAGAACUAUGAAAUUCUUGACACAUCGAAAAUUGAACGAACAAAAAACAUUUAUGACACCGUAGACAAGAAGUGUGGCUAAAACGGCAAAGGAGAUAAUAUUUACCUACAGAUUAAUAAUCGACUCCUUUAUACGUGUGUGAUAUAUGUGAGAACAACUAACGCAUUCAAACGUAAUAACUUGGGUCACAUCAAGCAUGCGUUGGAUAGAAAUAUCUGUUAACUUAUAAUACUAGCAUUAUACAUAUAAUAUAUGACUCGGGAACAAAACUGUCGUCAACAACAUUGUUAUUUUGAUCAGUAAUAAGUCGAACUAACAAAACUGCGCCAUUCAUCUUAGGCAUACAUUUGAAGAAAAAAGAUCCUGAUAGAAUAAAGCAAAUAUCAGAACGUCCGGCGAUUAUCCACGGCUACAAAAUAUCUUUAAAAUUAAUAUAGAUAGUGAUAUUGAUGACAAAGUGCCAUGACUUUCUUGAAAUCAUUCAUAAAAAUAUGAGAAGAUCUUAUGAACACAUUGUUUUGAGAUUGAGGUCAAAGUGUAUUAUGAAACAGGAACAACAUAUAUGACUGUUGUAAAACCUUGUAAUUUAGUUUUAUGAUAUCCAUUUUG